GUUUGCCCUGCAUCUAUUCCACUGAGGUAUCAUAUAGCUGCAUAUCAAGAUGGUCGUUGUCAAUGUUAUAGCUGUGACUAUCCUGCUUUUAAGUGUUGUAUUGAUUGUAAAGGGUAAAGGAUAUCAUUACUUGGAUCCAAGUGGAGUAGAUGAUAAUGAGGAGCACAACAUAGCUAAACGAGACCUUAAAAUGAAUUUGAUUUGGAAAGACUGCAAUAGCCGAAUUGACCUAACAAUUGAAGUGAAUAAAGAUGAUGAACAACAAGCCAUUAUUGAUUUUCAAUUAAAUAGCACUGAUGGUGUCAGUGCUUCGGGACAAGUGACACUACCACCUGGUCAAAACAACAUGACAGAGGAAGUAAUUCUUGGAGGGAAAGGUCCGUGGGCUACGUGGGUAUAUCUAACAAUUAAUCAAACAAAGACUUAUGAACAGCGAGUCUUGGAACCAUGUUUGACACCCGAAACAGAGUGGACUUUAGAAAAACAAAAUGAGUCGACAUCAGAACAAUUAGUAUUACCUGAACCUGACGCAGGAGUGAAAAAAGACCCCCACUUCACAACAUUCGAUGGAGUGAAGUAUAACUUCCAAGGUCUUUGUACAUAUAUACUCACCCAAGACUGCACGAGUACAAUGAACCCAUCAUUUAGAAUCACUGCUGACUUUCGUGGGAAAUAUUCCGAACUACGAGCCAAGCCAUUGACACGAAUUGAGACAGUUAAUAUUUAUGUUGGGGGAAAACUGUUGUUACGUAUAUUGAAGAACAAUGCAUUCUUGAUCAAAGGAAAUUUGUUCACCAAUUCAACGGCUGUAAUAGGAAACGAAGAAGGUACUGUAAACAUCAUAGAUGAGCACAUGUACGUUGAACUAUGGUAUCCCCGAGUUUCUUUGAUUUGGACCAAGACGAUACGCGGCAUUAACAUCGAUUUAAAGGAUCCUGCAAUGCGUGGUAAAGUAUGCGGAUUACUGGGAAAUUAUAAUGGUGACCCUAACGAUGAUUUCAUGAAACCUAAUGGGCAAAUAUUGUCUAAGAACGAUAUCUAUGAACUUGGGGAGAGUUGGAUGGUUCCUGAAAGCUGUGAUUACUAACUAAUGGUGUAAACGGACACAAACAGUAUCUCAUUAGCAUAACAAAAGUUAUAUUGUAGUUCAAAAUAAUUAGGAUGCACAUUCGAGUUUCACUUACGGUGUAUGCAUGCUGUUAUAUUUAUAGAUAAAUAAGGUGCUACAUAUCAUCAGAA